ACAUUGCAACCUUUUAAAUGAACGAGGUACAGCGAGAACAGUGCACAUACAGCGAGAAUAGUGCAGAAAAUCAUUUCCUAAAAGCAGCAACUUCAACUAAACGCAACUCACUCUCCACGGGAAGAGAAAUAAACGUUAUUUUCUCAUAACAACGUGAAUUAUCAUCGUCGUUUGUCCUUAAACUCGAAUAGAGUAAUCCUUGAUCUACACGAUGGGCAGGGAGGACAGAGCAACCUGGAAAAGCAACUACUUUCUUAAGUUAGUUCAACUUUUGGAUGAGUACCCCAAGUGCUUCAUUGUUGGAGUGGACAAUGUCGGUUCUAAACAAAUGCAACAGAUCCGUUUGUCUUUGCGAAAGCAUGCCAUCUUGCUUAUGGGGAAGAACACCAUGAUAAGAAAGGCCAUAAGAGGUCACAUGGAAAAUAAUCCAGCAUUGGAAAAGAUCAUUCCUCACAUCCGUGGAAAUGUUGGUUUUGUUUUUACCAAAGAAGACUUGGUUGAAGUUAGAGAUAAGAUCAUGGAUAAUAAAGUGAAAGCUCCUGCCAGAGCUGGAGCUCUUGCUCCUUGUGAUGUAAUCUUACAACCACAGAAUACUGGUUUGGGUCCCGAGAAGACUUCUUUCUUCCAAGCUUUGCAAAUUCCAACUAAAAUUUCAAAGGGAACAAUUGAAAUCUUGAAUGAAAUUCAUUUAAUUAAGAAAGAUGAUAAAGUCGGAGCUUCUGAAGCAACUUUGCUUAACAUGUUAAACGUUUCUCCCUUCACUUAUGGAUUAAAAAUACGUCAAGUAUAUGAUUCCGGCACUGUAUUUUCUCCAGAAAUUUUGGACAUAACCAGUGAAGAUCUUAGAGCUAAAUUCAUGGAGGGUGUUAUGAAUGUUGCUUCAGUGUCAUUGGAGAUAGGAUAUCCAACAUUAGCAUCUGCUCCUCAUUCUAUUGUGAAUGGCUUGAAGAAUCUUAUUGCAAUUGCUGUUGAAACUGAUAUUACAUUUGAAGCUGCAGAAAUGUCUAAAGAAUUUUUGAAAGACCCAUCUAAGUUUGCAUCUGCUGUGGCUGCCACAUCUGCAGCUGCUCCAGCAGGUGGUGAUUCUAAACCUAAAGAGGAGGCUAAGAAAGAAGAAUCAGAGUCAGAAGAUGACGACAUGGGAUUUGGACUCUUUGACUAAUUUUUUUAAUGAAACUGGAAGAAAAAUAAAAAGCCUUUUGAUACUGUC